UGUUAUGUAAUAACUAUUCUAAUGUUGAGGUUGAUGGACAAUGACAGAUACUUCAUAUCCCGUAUCUAAAGGGGGAAAACCCUUUAUUGCACUAAUCCACCUGUAAAAGGAAAGAAGGUAUCACAGGAUAGAACAGAGAAAUGUUCAUAUUGAGAUUAAUUAAUUGAUGUCCAAUCCUGCAAAUGAGAAGCAUCCCACCACAUACUGUUUCUCAGUACGAUGCAGAGUUUGGAGGACAGACGAGUGUUGCCUCUCUCUUUUAAUAUGGAUCGGGAAGAUGAUUUAGGACAUGAUCAAUUGCACAGAAAUGCCCUGAAUCAGGAGAAUGAGAUUCUUCGUCUUCCAAGCAUCCGCUCAUUAUUAAACAGCAGUCAGGUUGUGGAUCACAAUCAUUUGCAAAACGAGUUCUUUGCUCUCAAGAUCAGGAAUUGUCCUCUCUUCAAGGCUGUUCCACUGCCUCAUAUUGGCAAAAAAAGGCUGCCUCAUCCUAGGGAGGCUGUGAAUGGUGCUGCAUCCUCCAAGGAAUUGCCUGGUCUGCUUUUCUCUCCUGAAAAAGAUCUGUUUGAGAAGAUCUUCCAGUAUUUCGACCCUGCCAGAGCAACAGGCUGGCUGGAGAGAGCCCAGAACCUCAUUAGCGAGAUGGGCGAGUGGAGUCGUUUUGGAGAUAACUAUGUUCGCUUUGCACAUUUCUGGCUGGCUGAGCUCCAGGACGUUCAAAAACAACAACUGUUGGAACUGGAAAUGGGGGUUAUUGAGGAUGAAGUUAGCCUUGCCUUUCUUGAGGGAUUGGACUCUACGGAAUUCCAGUCUUCGGAGCUGAAUUCCGUUCUUGCUGCUGCGCUGAGCGAAUAUUCCCUGGCACUUGUAUACAACCAGAACCCAUUUAUUUUUCUUGACUACUUGAGCCUCAUGUCUUCAGCGGAUACAGCCGGCUAUAAGGAAAUGCUUUCAAAUAUACAAUACACAACCAAGAACCCUCAGAUAGCAGAGUGGUUAUUAGCUAUACGAGCCUUUGCACUUGCCAGUCUCUGGCAUGCAAUAGUGAAGUUUUAUAAGGCAUUGGUCAGUACGCAACCCUCGCUCGAGCAACGUGCCAAGAAUUCUGUUUCUUCCACUAGAAAGCAAUCCAGUGAAGUGGUUAAAGAAAGAGCUCUACAAACUGUUCAGCUGGGAUAUGCGGAUGUCUUGGAUUAUCUUGUUAGAAACCAGAAGCUGGAUCUUGGUGUUGUUGAUAACAAAAACAGAAAUCUUUUAUUUUUAGCCACUAUAUAUGAGCAGUCUAAGAUUCUGGACUAUUUCCUUGAAAUGGCACCUCCUAUACCUGAUAUAAACCAAGCCGCAGAAAAUGGAAACGCACCACUUCAUGCUGCAGUAAACACUGGAAAAAUGCAUCUUGUAUCUUUGCUUUUGCACUACCCUGGAAUUAAUGUGAAUGUCCAGAAUUCGCAGUGCGACGGGGCAACUCCACUACAUCUUGCUAUUGUUUUUGGGCAUCUGGGAAUUUGCUAUUUAUUGCUGAAUGCUACUGCGGAUGUCGAAAGCCCCAUGGGAAGGCUGACACCUUUGCAACUUGCUGAAAUAUUUGGUAAUGAAACUAUAAUUGGCCUUAUAAAAAUGUACAUAAGGAAAUUAAAGCUACAAAAUAAAGUGUUUGCCUGAUGAGCUUCACUGAAGAAAAUUCCACAAAACCUUUUUUUAAAAUGUACUUAUUCAAUCUCUCGCUCAAUUGCUGUCUUGCUCUAUUUUGUAUUAAAGAUUCCUUGCCC